AUGGCGUCUGCAGAUAUUGAGCAGAUGAACAAGCUCAGGAAGAGCCUGGGCCUACCAUUACUCAGCGUAAGUGGACAACCUCCACCAACCUCUGAAGGACCAUCAUUCAAAGAACAUUCUCCAAGCGACGAUGGCGAUAGUGAUCCGGAACCUGCGUCUACGCUAGAGACCCGCGAGGCUGCUGGGUACGAGAAUUGGAACCAACUUCGAGAAGAAGAAAAGAGACGCAUCGAGCGAGAAAAGCGGAAGCAAGAGAUCCAGAAGAAAAGAGAUGCCGAAGCUAGAACCAGAAAACUCGAGGGCAAAGGUCUCGCAGACGUCGAUGAUGACAUCGAUGAUACCAAAGCCUGGUUGAAGGGCCAGAAGAAGCGACAGGCAAAGAUUGAGCGAGAACGUGCCGAACGUCUAGCACGAGAAUUGGCUGAGCGAGAAAAAGAAGCCGCCGUCGGAUAUUCUGCAAAAGAUCUUGCUGGCGUCCAAGUCGCCCACGAGAUUGGCGAUUUCGAUGAGGGCCUGGGCGAACAUGUUCUGACGCUGAAGGAUACCGAGAUUGGCAAAGACGACGGAAGCGAUGAGGACGAUAUUCUAGAAAGUGCGGAUAUCGUUGCAAGAGACAAAAUCAAGGACAAAAAUGAGCUCAAGAAGAAGAAAGCCUACGAUGUCAACGAUGACUCCGAGAAGGGGCUGCUCUCGCAAUAUGACGAGAAAAAGCGAAAGGCAUUCACGCUGGACGCGCGGGGUACUUUGGAGGAGCGUGAUGCCAAACGCCAACAGUUAGGAGAUGUGUUGAAGAAUACCGUCAGUCUCGAUAUAUUGAAGCCAGAGCCUGUGUCGGACUAUAUGGAGAUCAAGAUCAAAAAGCCGAAGAAGAGCAAGAAGUCCUCAAAACGACAGAAAAUGGUCGAGGAAGAUGAUGAUAUCUUACCUGUCCCAACCGAGACCAAUGGGGACGCCAUGGAUGUUGAUCUUGCUAAACCGGCUCCUAGGCCCCGGACGACGGAGGACAACUUCAAUGACGAUGAUGAUCUCGCAAAUGCCCUUGCUAGAAGUCGGGCAGCGGCGCUAAAGAAGCAGAAGCGCAAGCCUGAGGACAUCAUCAAGCAGCUCCAGGAAGAAGAGACGAACGAGCACGAGGCUGAAAGAGAGACUGAUGGAGGACUGGUGCUGGAUGACACUACUGUGUUCCUGGAUAAUUUGUCGUCCCGUCCAAAGGAUGAGCAACCGCAGCCGAGAGUGGUCAAGUCGGUCGAGAAGGAGGAAUCGCCAGAGUCCACAGGCGUCAAGGAGCAAGAUGGUGAUCACGCCAUGGGCGAGGCAUAUGCUGGGGUAGAGAACGAAGAAGAGCUCUUGGACAGACUACGGCGCGAACAGUCAACGCAUACUCCGGACAUCACCCACUCGGGUCUUGAUGAGGAGAAGACCCUUGACCAAGGUCUUGGAGCUGCUCUCAGCCUUCUUCGACAACGAGGACUCGUCAAGCAGACUGAUGCUCACGAUAAGAAUACCCUCUACAAAGAUCGCCAGAAGUUUAUCAUCGAUGCACGUCUGCGUGAGCACGAGAACGAGCAGAAGGCACGUAUGCAGCGUGAACGGGAUCGUCAAUCGGGCAAACUGACUAAUAUGUCAACCAAAGAGCGAGAGGAACAUGCUCGUUGGCAAAACACACAACGGGAGCACCACAGCUCGAUCCAGGCUGCAGCUGCGUUCAACCGUGAAUACAAGCCAGAUGUGCAGAUCAAGUACGUGGAUGAUGAUGGCAGGUUGAUGAACCAGAAGGAGGCUUUCAAGCACCUGAGUCAUCAGUUCCAUGGCAAGGGUAGCGGUAAGCUGAAAACUGAGAAGCAUUUGAAGAAGAUAGCCGAAGAGAAGAAACGCGAGGCUGCCAGUAUUUUGGACAGUAGUGAGGCGAAGGGCAUGCACAAUGCUCAGGGGGCAUUGGGCAAGAAGAACAAGCAAGCUGGUGUGCGGUUGGCUUGA